AUCAACUUUUGAUAUCCUGUUCCCAUAGACUAUUUCCACUAGAGAUAAACGGUCAUUUCAAUCCAUUAUCUGGUGACCGACGACCCAAUCUUUCACGAUGGCCUUCACUGCAUCAGAUAUCUGUAAAAUCAUCUUUGCCAUCAUCCUCCCGCCUCUUGGUGUCUUCCUUGAGCGUGGUUGCGGAGCCGAUUUGCUCAUCAACAUCUGUUUAACGAUCUUGGGUUAUAUUCCCGGCAUCAUCCACGCUCUCUACAUUAUCCUCAAGUAUUAAUGAGAGCGUGUCGGUCGCCGAUCUGGAGAUUUUCGAAAGAGUCCGUAGUACAUUUACUUUUUCGGUCCGUGUACAGACGACGGUGAAAGGGGAUGAUAUGUUGAUAAUGAGCCGACAAGUGCUUACGAUGGGGAGGGAGCAGAUGCUGUCCUGGUGGCAGUGACAGCUUUGCUCUGUCUGGAAAAUUUUUUUUUCUUCCUCUUGCAGCCCUUUGGAAAACCAUGUCUCGGGAGGCUAACACACGCUUUAAUGAUCGGUAUUUGUUUCGCGCUGUCCUCUUGUAUCCCGUGCCUGUCUCGCUGGUUUCUGAUUUCCUUUUUUGAUAUGAUACCAACUUUCCUUAUCUCUUUUUAUCUUUUGCGGUACUUUUGUUUCUUGAGUCUGUGCCAUCGUUGGCAAUGACAUCCAUAAUGAAUUGGCCCGCUCCCGGCUAGCAGUCCCAAUGUAUCCGGCCUCCGUUGCAUGAGGUCAAGAAGCAAAAAGUUUACUGCCUUAGAAUUGAUCCUUAUAUCUUGCCAGCCG